GCACACACGUAAUCUUAUCAGAUCUCUAUUUAACAAGGUCACAGCAUUGAUCUUUCUCUCUCGUGUUACAUCUCUGAAGAGUUCGGAAGCAAGCCAACAACAAGUCAAGAGCAAAUCACUACUUAACUAUUAUCUUCACACCCAAAGAACACAACAAGAUGAAGGAAAACGAUACUGCUCUCUAUCCAAACCCCGAGGUCUCUCAAGCGGUUACCCAAUAUUCUCUUGAACAUUCAACCGAGCUUCCUAAGCAUAUAUCAGACUAUCAUGCGUGGGGAUCGACUCAGCCAAAAGCCAAUUUUAUGAUCUCGCCUUUCCAGGCACAGUUUCAGAUUUUUAUGGCCAGAGCUAUGGGUGCCAAAAGAGUCCUAGAAAUCGGAACCUACAUUGGCUUUUCUACUAUGGGAUGGUCUGAGGCCGUCGGUCCCGAAGGUCACGUAACAAGCCUUGAAUCUUCUCCCGAAUACGCCGAGAUUGCCCGUGAGACAUUCUCCAAAAAUAACCUCAGUAACGUUGAGGUUUUGAUUGGCGAUGCUCGUGAAUCGAUUAAAAGCUUGAUCAGCAACCUUGAACAACCUUAUGAUCUAAUUUUUAUCGACGCCGACAAAACUUCAUACCCCGCUUAUUUCGAUCUAAUCCUCUCUCUUUCCUCCCCUUCUUCUACGCAAACCCGUCUCCUCAAACCUGGCGGCCUAAUCCUGGCAGAUAACAUUCUGCGUCGCGCACUCGUCGCCGAUUCCAGCCCUACAAAUCCAUGGGCGCUUAAGAACGGAGAAAAGACUUGGAAAGAAGGUGACUUAAAUGCACUGAAAGAAUUUAACGAUUUGAUGGUUACCGAGAAAAGAUUAGACACAUUUUUGUUACCCUUGUUUGAUGGAGUAGGUAUGGGAAGAUUGAGGGAUUGAGUUGUGAGAUUAGAUUGAAGGAUAUAGAUUUGUACAUAUGAUCUGUGCAAGUAGAAGUAUAUAUGAAUCAUUCAAGUGUAAAUAGAGUCA